UUCUUACACCCACUUUUAUAGUAGUGGAUGUACCAUUAUUUGGUAUAAAAAUAUAUAUUAAUCUAUCAAAUGAAAUAGCUGGAAGUAGAUUAUAAAUUUUUUAAACAAAAAACAGAUAUUGCAUCACUAAUACUCCAUCUGAUAAAGCAGUUUCGUGUUAAUAUUGGCAUCUUCUAUAUUCUCACCGUUGAUCUGAUUGGUGGUAGUGGGAAUGGAGAGAUGAAAUGAAGACAAAAUGAAGUCCAAAUUCACACGAAAUGAAAAUCCCAUUCCCCAAAUGCUAUAUAUUCACAGCUUCCCGUUCUAGGCCUCCUUAUGUUUGAGUCUCCUCUCUAAUGGACUCCCUUUGAUAUUCACCCUCCCUCUGUUCUCCUUUCUUCUCUUAGUGUAGAUUUUUAAUUUUCAUUUUUCCUUUUUUUUUCCUUUUCUUUUUUGUCGUUGAUCUAUUGAUUUUGGUUAUUUAAUAGUAUUUGGUUGUUUGAUGGCGAAAGGCCGGCGGUUGACCACCAGCAGAAGCGAACGGUUGCUUGGAAAUUAUGGUUACGGGCACAGCCAAGGGGACAGUGUCGUCAAUGAAGAAGCGGAGCUUGGUGAGGAAGAUGUUUGGUCGAUGGUUGGUAACGUCGCAGACCGAGAAGACGGCGGGAGUGUCGAAAAUUCUCGGAGCCAGUGGAGUCCACACGCUGAUGCGGAGAGUAACGGGAAUGGGAACUUCGACAUGAGGGAGGGUCGUCGUCUAAUUCCUCGGGGUGACCGUCACGUUGGUGGGCUGUCCUUGGCUUUCGAGGGUUCUGCUUCGACGAAGCCUAGGAUCGUGCAUCAGUUUCGUGGCCAUGACGGCGUGGCGGCCGCUGCUUCGCCACGUGGGCACCAUAUGGCCACGUCAGCUCCAGUGAACGUGCCUGACUGGAGUAAGAUUUAUCGGGUUAACUCGGUGGAGUGGAUACACGACUCGGACGAUGGGUUGGAUGACGCUGAAUCGGAGAUGGUGCCACCACACGAAUACUUAGCGCGUGAGUACGCUCGGAGUAAGAAAUCUGGCGGGGCUUCGGUUUUCGAAGGCGUGGGUCGGACCCUCAAGGGCAGAGACAUGAGGCGGGUCAGGGAUGCAGUAUGGAGCCGGACCGGGUUCGAUGGCUAACCAAUUUGUUAGCCAAAAGCAGCUUGAAUAUGAUUGAUUAGGCAACUACAUCAUUAUUUUUUUUUUUUUAAUUGAGCAAUGAUUCGGCUGAGUCGACACAGGUGAGUCAACUUAGUGGCGAGGGAGCUCAAGCAGGAUUUUGUAUUGAGGUGUCUUAAAAAAGAUAUUCUGUUAUUGGAUUGGAAUUUGGAAGUUAAA